AUGGGAAAUUGCCUUGAGGACCUAUCCGCACGUUUGAACGACUCCAACCCCUCGCUCAGGUUUGAGAUCUCGUCUUGCGUAGCACGCCUGGGAAGUAUUUUACAAAGGAGCCAAGACAAAUCCUUUGAUUUCCUAAAACCAUCCUCCAUUGACCCCUUUGAGCAAGACCUUGCCGAGGGCUUCAGAUCUUUACAACACUUGGCGGGGCUUUCACUGGUCGACUCUCUGGAGGCAUACAACAUUCAUGGGCCGAGAAUGAUGGGCUACUUAGAAACUUCCGAAGCAGUUGAAACGGCCAGAUCUGACAAAGCCCGAGAUCCUGAGAAUUGGGAUAUAGACAGCAGCGAUGGGGUCCAUAUUGAUGCUCCCUCUGUCAAGCGUAUCAUUCCAUACGAGCGGAACAGCCAAUUCAUUGCUCGACCAGAACUCUCCGAGAAGAUUUUUGGCAUCAUUCCUACUUCAUACCAGUUCCAGAGCGGGGCACUAUGGGGAGUGGGUGGGAGCGGUAAAACUCAACUUGCCCUGGAAUACGCAUAUGCCCGUUGCAAGGACCCCAAUUGCUAUGUCUUUUGGGUGCGUGCCGACAAUGCGGCAACGUUCACGGCAGAUUACCGUCUAAUCGCCAAAGAGCUUGGGGUUGAACAACACCUCAAAGGUGAUGACCUGCUUGCUGCAGUCUGCAGCAGUAUCGAGGCCCACCAACCAUGGGUACUCAUUCUCGAUGGCGCAGAUGAUUUGAUGCUGUUCAGCAGGAAAGAAGAUUCGGAGUACUUCAACAGCCUGUUUGAUUUCGUCCCCAAAGGGCCGAGGGGGGCUGUUCUCUGGACGACCCGCGAUUCGAACGUUUGGCGGUUGAUUCCCAAACCUCUCCGCUGCCUCGAGAUCACUAGUAUGAAACGUUCCGAAGCCAGGAAGCUCUUCGCGUCAACAAGACGCCAGAUGGCCAUGUACCGAGAGGCCGCGGGCAUGAGAGAUGGAACAGAUCGUUUAUUGGACGAGUUGCAGUGUCUUCCACUCGCCAUUGUGCAGGCCGGAUCAUACAUGCGGCAUACCGAUGCAUCCAUCCACGACUAUAUGACUCUCCUUGUACAGAGUAAGCAGCGGUCAAGGUUCGUCGUGUCUAAAUGGAGCGUUGGCGUCGUUCUUUUUACUUCAGCCAUCUCGCUUGAUUGGAUCCGCCAGCAGAACAGGGCUGCAUAUGAGAUGGUUCAUGUCCUUGCCCACCUAGACAACCGCAACAUCACACUCACCUUGUUGUCCGAACUCAUCAGGGAUACGGAGGACGCUACCAACAGGAAAGACCCCCAAAGACUAUCAAGAGCCACAGAGGAAUUGGCAACCUUGCAUCUCAUCUCACCAGCAGGCAGAGGAUGUCAAAGUUUCGAAAUGCAUCCAACUUUGCAGGACGCUGUGCGAGACUGUCAGGAUGAUACAGGAUCGGCUUCCUGGUCCAUCUUCCUCGCAAAAGCCCUGAGCCUGACAAUAAGACUUUUUUCCGUUAACCACGCUGUGAGUGUGUGUAAGCGGGCAGAAACAGGCGCAAGAGAAAAUGAGGCUACUGCUCUCCUUCGUCAAGUGUCGAGGCUUCUUGAUGACGAAGAGCGGUGGCUAGAGAAAGAGUCUGUGGAUAAACGAGUGCUGGAGCUCCAAGAGAAGGUUCUUGGUACAUUGCACCCUGAAACCGGCAGCAGCUCCAUGUCACUUGCGGCAACAUUCUUUCAACAGGGUCGUUCUGACAAGGCCAUGGAACUAGCCACCAGAGCCCUGGAGAUUCGACACAACACGUGGGGGGAAAAUAUCUCUUACACCAUGAAGAGCAAGGUGGCGAUCGGGAUGAUAUUCCACCAACAGGGCCUGUACCAUGAAGCCGAGGCCGCCUACUGUGAGGUGUUGAAUCUUCAGAUCCAGGGAUCCGGGCUGGAAAUGGAGGCCCGCCCUUAUGUUAUCGACUGCCUCGCCUGGACCUGCUACGUCCAAGGCCGUUACGAAGAAGCCGAGACCCAUUUGGAUACUGCAUGGACCUUGCAUCGGGAAUUUAACGGCGACCAACAUCCAGAUACGCUACAGGCCCUUCAUUAG